UGUCUCUAGGAAUCCGUUAGAACCCGUAUGCACUGAGUUUAUAAAACUGACGAAAAGACAUGGACAAUCUCAAAGUUUAAAGGGAGUCUUCAACAAUGAAGAUACUUCUAUUAUUUGUGAUUUUCUUUGUCGCGAUUAGUGCCUUUCCUACUCGCAGUAACCUGCAUCAUUUCAUGAACGCCAAUGAAUUGGGAUACUACUUUGAGACUGAUUCUGUUGACUAUGUCCCGGAUUAUGAAGUUCUGCCCCUGGUUAUCGCUGAAAGGAAUGCUCUGGGUGAGUCUGGAGAAAGGAAUAUCCGCCUCAAUUUCUCAGCAUUUAAUCAGCCCAUAAACUUGGAUCUCCUACCUAAUCGUCAACUCGUAUCACCUGAGAUGCGAGCUGUAGAGAUUGAGGAAGACGGGAGAGCUAGAGAAAUCCCCCUAAAAGACCAAGAUUGUCACUUUUUAUCGUCUUCUCGGGAUAUAUUGGCUGCUGUGAGUCUCUGUGAGGAGGUUGAAGAUGCUUUGAGUGGCAUUGUCUUCUUGAACGGUAAUCCUCUUGAGAUUCUUCCACUGAAUACCCGUCUCCAGAGACUUUUAUCAGCUCAGGAAGCUCUUCUGGAAGGUCCAGUUUCUCCUGGAAUACCUCACAUAAUCCGCCGAGCUGUUCGUAUUCCUCCGGAAUUUUCUCAAGAUUACACAAUAAAUAGUGAUUUGCUGAAUGCUCUGGACAGUGAAAUUCCCAUGGAUCGUUUGGGAUUCAGAGAUUUGAAAAAUACAGUGGAGUUGGGUGUAUUUUUCGAUGAGCCUGCGUAUCGAGUUUUCGCGCCAUUUUUCAAUUAUGACUCGAAAAAACUGAAAAAUAUGAUACUAGCAUAUUUGAAUGCUGUCCAGGCGCUCUACCAUCAUCCAUCUCUAAGUGAGGAAGUUGAAAUUGUAGUGGUAUAUAUGGAAAUUAUGCGUCAUCAGCCAAAAAGUAUGCCCCAUCACGGUGGAGAGAGGAAUGCUCUUCUUGAUGAAUUUUGCAACUACCAGAAAAGUCUCAAUCAUCAGUGGGAUUCUGAGUCGCAGCACUGGGACAUGGCAGUGUAUAUUUCAGGAUUGGAUCUCUUUGCGUGGGAGAAUGGAAAGCGCAAUGGCGUGACAAUGGGUUUGGCUACAGUUGGUGGAGUUUGUGUUCCAGACUACAAUUGCGUUAUUGCGGAAUUUGGAGCUACAAAUUCUCUUGGAAAACCAUAUCCUUCCACGGGAUUCACUUCAGUGUUCAUCCUGGCUCAUGAGAUCGGGCACAAUCUGGGAAUGCAUCAUGAUGGCACUGGGAAUGCUUGUCCGAAAGAAGGGUAUAUUAUGUCACCAUCGCGUGGUGUUGAAGGGGAAAGUACUUGGUCAUCUUGCAGUGCUAAUACCAUACGAUCCCUAAGACGCUUUGCAACUUGUUUGAAGGACAAGCCUGAUCAUGUUAAGGCUGAAAAUGAUGCUUGGAUUUUUCAAGGAAUUCCAGGUAGUACCUGGACAGCUAGAAAGCAGUGUCAAGUGCUUCUCUUGGAUCAAGAUGCUUUUGCCACGGAAUCGGCUAGUAUGUGCCGGAAUCUCCACUGUCGGACACCAAAUCGCAGUGGAUUCUAUUUUGCUGGACCUGCUUUGGAAGGUACAGAAUGUGACACGGGGAAAUCAUGUCAAGGAGGAAUGUGUCUACCUAGGAGGACUACUACAGAGCCCCAGAAACCCAUAAGAGAGGGUGGUUGGAGUUCUUGGCAGAAAGAAAAAUGUUCCUCAGGAUGCAUCCAGAAUUCUCGUGGUUUUCAAGCCAAAAAACGUCAAUGCACGAAUCCUCCACCUCAGAAUACUGACAAAGGUUGCGAAGGACAUUCUUAUGCUGUUGAUCUUUGCCCAGAUGAUCGUCUCUGUCACCGAAGACGCUCAAUCGAGGAGUUUGCCACUGGGAAAUGUCGGGAGUUCAGUCGAAAACUCCCGGAGUUGCACAAAGGAGCUCCUGGAAUGCAAGCUCCUCAUGAAAAUAAUAGAUUAUGGAUGAGUUGUGCCAUCUUCUGUAAGCGUAGAGACACUGGAGCUUACUAUACUCCGCGAAUGGAGCUAAAUGAUCUGGGAAUUGAUCCAUAUUUCCCUGAUGGAACUUUGUGUCAUAAGGAUGGUGGUGAGAAUUAUUUUUGUCGGCAUCAUCACUGUCUCCCGGAAAAUUUUCAUCUUCAGAAAGUAGAUCCAUGGCUUUUGGGUGAAGAUGUUCCUGUACCAGGAAAUGCUCUUCCGGAUUCUGGACAGUUUGAUGACAGUCUCUUGAAAUAUCACUCCUUGGACAAAAAUGGACAUCCAGAGUUAACACAUCUCAACGUUGAAGAUCUUCCGGAUUGGACAGACGAGACUAAUUGGAUGGAUAACGACUAUAUUGAACUCAAUUUUUAAAUGUUUAAAAAAAACAAUCCUUUAAUGGAAAUUUAAUUUAUUAUUCAUUAAUUUGCAAUAUAUUUCAAAUUGUCUGAAAAUCUGUUAGGGAUAUUGCAUUGUAAAGUUAAUUUGUUCUGACCGUUCUAUGGAUUUUGCAUGAGACUUUAAUCAGCAAGAAGCGAGGCACACAUCUUUUUUAAUUUCAGAUUUUCUAGAAUUUACUUAGAAGUAGUUGGUGGGAAUGCAAGGAUGAGUUUAGAAGGAAAUAAUUAAAAUUGUAGGUUCUACAAUAUGAUGACUAUUAAUCAAAUUUAAUUUUAUGCUACUGGCUGAUUAAGGGCAGAAUCACAUUGACAGUAAAAUGCUCAUCGU